ACUCUCUAACUUUGACAAAGCGUACCCUUGUGAAAACUUGUUGUCACUUUUUGUCGGAAAAGUAAACAUAGAUAGAUACUGAUAUAGAAAAUCGACAAACGUGGAAAAAGGCAAUAGCAAGUCAGAAUGUCUGGACGCGAGGGCGGUAAGAAGAAGCCUCUGAAGGCGCCAAAGAAGGACUCGAAGAAUCUAGACGAGGAGGACAUGGCCUUCAAGCAGAAGCAGAAGGAGCAGCAGAAGGCUCUGGAGGCAGCCAAGGCUGGUGCCUCCAAGAAGGGACCACUUGUUGGCGGCGGGAUCAAAAAGUCGGGCAAAAAGUGAUCCCUAGCCACGCCUUCAUCUUCUUUUAAAUCGCACCCAUGUGGAUUAAGAAACCUAAUUGCAACCUUAAAGAAAUCGGUAUCAUGUAAUAGUCGUGCUGAAUUACUUUCACAUUAUCGAAGAGCAAUGCUUUCAAUAUAUUUACUGAAAUACUUGUCUUCAUCUCCACA